CUCUCCGGCCCCACUUAUUGGUUAAAACUGUGAAAUGCAGCUGAAAACUCCGUUAAACCCACCAGACCGGAUUUACGCUAACAUCGCUUGGUUGCUAUGUGGUUAGCGCCCAUAGUAACCAUUCUUUCCCACAAUGCAUCACUAGAGACGACCGCUUGGAGAUACAUGGACACACGUUAAGUAAACUUUGACUACAUCAAAAAUGGACAAGGACCAGCACAAUACCGUGGUGUUUAAUGCUUCCAAAAGGGAGCUGUUCACCACGAACAACGGCUACAAAUCUUUACAGAAGAGACUACGAGCUCAAUGGAAAAUUCAAAGCAUGAAAGAAGAACUGACUAUGGAGAAGCUAAAGGGUGUCAAGUUGUGGAUAACAGCAGGUCCAAGGGAGAAGUUCACAGCAACUGAGAUGGAAUUACUGAAGCACUACCUCGAUGGGGGAGGAAAUAUGCUUGUCAUGCUCGGUGAAGGAGGAGAAAUGAAAUAUGACACAAAUAUCAACUUUCUGCUGGAGGAGUAUGGAAUAAUGGUCAAUAAUGAUGCGGUUGUGAGGAAUGUGUAUUACAAGUACUUCCAUCCAAAGGAGGCACUUGUGUCCAAUGGUGUUUUAAACAGAGAGAUCAGUCGGGCUGCUGGUAAGGUGGUCACAGGGAUCACUGAGGAUGAAAACGUCGGAAACAAUGCACAGGCUCUCACAUUUGUUUACCCUUAUGGUGCCACCCUGAGUGUGAUGAAACCCGCUGUGGCUGUUCUUUCAACUGGCUCAGUCUGCUUCCCCCUCAACAGACCUGUCCUGGCCUUCUAUCAAGGAAAGGAGGCUGGAAAACUGGCAGUGUUGGGUUCCUGCCACAUGUUCAGUGACCAGUACAUAGAAAAAGAGGAGAACAAUAAAAUCAUGGAUGUUGUACUGCAGUGGCUCAUGACUGACACAAUUCAGCUGAAUCAGAUUGAUGCAGAAGAUCCAGAGAUUACAGAUUACACCAUGUUACCAGACACAGGGUGCUUGUCGGAGCAGCUGCGAGUGUGUUUACAAGAGGGCGAUGAAAACCCAAGGGACUUCACAUCACUGUUUGACAUGUCUCUGGUCAACCUGUCAACCGACACUUUACCCCAAGUCAUCAGCGCCUACAAACAACUCAACGUCAAAUCUGAGCCACUUCAGUUGAUCACGCCUCAGUUUGAGACACCUCUGCCACAGCUUCAGCCUGCAGUCUUUCCGCCUGCCUUAAGUGAUUUGCCUCCACCGAUGCUAGACCUGUUUGAUCUGGAUGAAACUUUCUCCUCUGAGAAAGUCCGUUUAGCACAACUCACCAACAAAUGUACAGAAGAUGAUCUUGAGUUUUAUGUGCGGAAAUGUGGUGAAAUUUUGGGAGUGACUCCGAAUUUGGACAAAGAUCAGAGAGAUGCCAAGCACAUCUUAGAGCAUAUCUUCUUCCAGGUUGUAGAGUUCAAGAAACUUAAUCAGGAGAACGACAUCGACACAGAGGCACCUUUCAAUCCGUUGUGAGAUCUACGUAGCGUGUUUAAACUGGUGUAAUGGCAGAUUUUUCAACCCUUACUAUCCUUGUCAGUUUUUAAACUAUGACCACCCGGCUGUUGGUGUAUGGUGCAGUGAAAGCUGAGGUGAUAUCACCACGAUACGAUGAGUCUGGAUGCUGUAUAUAAUGUAAUUUAAUCUUAAUAUUCAUACCUUUGUAUAUUUUAUUGUGUAGUAUUUUGAUAUUGUACAAAGACUUCAUAAAUAAAGUUAAUUCACUUUUAUUCAAAUAUUCUUUU